AAUCGGCGCACAAUCAAUGAAAAAUGCCGGCAGGAUUCUAUUUGUUGCUGAGUGCGGACGGAAGCACAUCAUCUCGCAGCGUGCAGCGAAACCAGUAGUAGAGAGUGUUGUUUUGUUUUUCACACAGUGACACUACAACCGAAAUACAAUAGAACGGCGCAAUAAAUCAAUAACGGGUUAGUUGCUUGCUCGGAUCACGCACAAACUCACGUAAUUCGUGUCGUACAGUGACGAUAAGCAGUACUGUGGUGUGAUUUGUGCGAGAUGCUAUAAAUGACUGCAUGUGGUUCGCUUCCUGGUUGGAAUCACUGUUCGCUUAUGCAACUUACGGUGGAUGAAUCACACGUUGGAGGGAGGGGAUCCGAAUAGAGUGCGAGAGAGGUAGUGUGAAAGUGGAGAAAGCAGUGAGCGUGUGUGGGGUGUUGUUCUUAGGCAAAAACACAAACAACCGCUACAAACAGCGUCUUCUGGCGGGUGGGCCCAGUGCCGUCGUUCUCAAUUUCGCGAGAUUGUUGCCAGUUGGAUCGGUUGGAGCUGGCCGGUGGUUGCUGUAGUUCGGGGCUCGCGCACCCGCCGUGUUAUUGUUUCCGUGUGUAUUCUAUUUGUUUUCGACGGAAGACACAAAGUAAAGCAAAGUGCCAUUGUGUGCCUUGCAGAACGGCGAGGCACUGUGCAAAAGGGAAAGCUGUGUCUCCGAUGUUGACCGUGUUGGAGGAUGGUAAAAAGUGAGCUGGAUGUCUAGAUAUUGUUUUCCCUCAAGUAGUGUGUGUUGUUUGUGUCCACAAAUCUUGGGAAACUUCUUGGGCAGGUCUUGCGUACCUAGGACCCGUUAAUGUCGGUCAGUGCUUCCGUGUGUAUGAAACUGUGCGACAAAGUGUAGCCUUUCGUUUUCAAACUGGCCAAGCAGGCGAACUGUUGUAGCGUGAACGCGGGUAGUGAAACCAAAGUCUCGGGCGUCUUUGAUCGUUAAACUGACAUCGGACAACGGAUAUCAGAUCGAACCGUUCUAGAACUUUUAAGGCGGAACGCCGCAGCUCUGUUUAGUGUAGUGGGUUAAUUUUGGAGCCUGUGUUGAGUGUGAUUCUAUGCGGCACCAGCUGGACGAAACGAAAUCAUCCACUUUUAUGAAACUGCCGUUCGAUCGACUAGCUAGAGUGAUGAAUCUGGAAGAGCCCAGCUUCGGAGACAACUACAUACAGGAGUUCGUACUUGAACACCUGGACCACGACACGGGACCGAACGUGAAGCGUGAGGACACUAGCCCCACAAUCCUCGGGAAUGGUGCCGGCUCGAAGCAUCUGUGGAACGGUGCCACGACGAUGGACGAGAACGGUGGCAUCGUGCCGAUCAGGUUGAAAGCGGUCAGCAAUGGCGUAGUAGCCACGGGCGUUGGCAACGGUUGGCAUCUGGAGGAUGCUCGCAAAUUGCAUGCCGCCUGUUCGCCCGGUCCCGGAGACCUGUUCACACACGUCGGUGCACCGACGCACGGUCAACCGAUGCUGUUCAAUCCCCCGCUCAGCGGUGUACCGUCGACACCGCCGGAAACACCUCCGGUAAUCGGAUCUCCCAACUCAUCCGGCGGUGUUGGUGGCACCGGUGGAGUCGUGAGCGGCGGUGGAGGCUACGUUAACGGCCCGUACUAUGGCACUCGUUCCCAGACCGGUCUGGUCGAGGAGAUGAUGUUCCUACCACAGACGAUGCGGGGUGAGCAACCGCUCGACCUACGACCGCUGCACUGUUCCAUCGGUCCGGAAGGGGACUGGAUCGAUCGGAAGGAGUACACCGGCGUGCUGACCGUAGCAGGCGGUCCGAACGGGCAAAACGGUAUGCUCGGUGGGGUUGGCGGUGGGGGUGGAGGCGGUGGUGCAGCCGGUCCCAAUGGAGGAAUCGUAACGGUGAGCAAUUCAGCUGCGAGUGGGGGAGGUGGCGUUGGCGGACCGUUCCAGCAUCAUCAUCACCAUAUCACAGCGGCCCAGCUGGAGUUUGGUCCGCUGAGCAUGCACAAUGUGUCGCAUCAGCAUCCGCACCACCAUCACAGCCACCAUCAUCAUCAUCAUCAUUCGCUACACACGAACCGGCCACACUCCGUCAGCUCCACGAGCUCCACCAUUUCACCCCGCCACGGUACCAGCAGCAGUGGUGGAGGUAGCUGCUACAACGGCCUGGGCGGAUCGGGCUCCGGCAACGGGCUCUCCUCCGAGGAUCUCAUCAACGAUGAGCUGCUGAUGACGCUGUCGGUGCGCGAGCUGAACAAACGGUUGCAUGGCUGCCCGCGGGAUCAGGUCGUACGGUUGAAGCAAAAGCGGCGUACCCUAAAGAACCGAGGCUACGCACAGAACUGUCGAUCGAAGCGGUUGCAGCAGCGCCACGACCUGGAGAUCACCAAUCGCCAUCUCCAUCACGAGAUGCAACAGAUGAAGAUGGAGCUGGCCAAGAUAAAGCAGGAACGGGACGAGCUCAUCCAGACGCUGCAGAUGCACCAGCGCGACCAGUCAACACAGCAGACGGCAGGCCAUGCACACUAUCAGCAGCAGUCUCGGCAGCAGCAACAGCAGCAGCAACAACAGCAGCAACAACAGCAGCAACAGCAGCAGCAGCAACAACAACAUCAUCUUCAUCAUCAGCAACAGCAACACCUAAGCUCGUCGCAACACAAUGGUCCCUGUGGGGGCAGUGCCGGCAGUGGAAGUGCUUCCGGUGCCAGCAGUGCCGGCAAUGGUGGUGGUGGUGGUGGCAGUGGAGGAAGCGGUAGUGGGGGCAGUGCCGGUGCUGGAGUUGGUGCGGGGUUAGUUUCCUCGGUGAAGCAGCUGAUCGCAGAGAGUGUUACAUCGCAGGAGUACUACGUAUGACGCCAGACGACGCUCGGUAAUCAUCAAACACCUUCAUGGGUUGGGCGAUAUGCCUGUUAAUUCCGAGCUGCUUAGAUUAUUGCGUGCGCGUGGCCGCGUGUGGCCACACGUUGAUGAGGUGAAGGUGAAGGGGAACGUGUAUAUAGUAGAUGUUUUUGGUGUCUGAGGGCACACAGCCUUGGGGACUGUGAAGUGUUGACUUAGGGAUCGUGUUCGUGAGGGGGAACUGUGGGCGCAGUGAUGAACAGUGGCGAUUGAUUCAUUUUGGGAAGCAUUAUCCUAAGGACACUUUUUUUAUUUGAUUUUUUUUAUUUGGUUAACAUUUCAUUCAUCUCACUUUGCGAUUUUAACAGGAUGUACUCAUCUCAUCUGUAAUCUCAUAAAUAUUUCCAAAAAAAAUUGUUUGUUCAUCAUUUACUGACAUCGUCGCAAAUAAUUUUGAAACAAAUCCUCAAAAAUUGAAACAGUCAUUAUAUUGUGGGAAAGAUUCAAACAUAUUCGGACCCUGGGACAAAAUUAAUAUUUUUUGUCUGUGGGGAAACAGUAAGAAAUAUUUAAAAAGUGUUAAAAAAACUACGGGCAACUCUGUAAUUUAAAAUGAAUCAAGGAGUUUUGUAUAGGGAUUUCUAUUAUGAUCAUCAAUAUAAAAAAUAAUAUUUCGGUAAUUAAGCUGUUAAUUUGUUAAUAAUAUGAGGCCAAACAGAAGUUGCUGAUGAUCAACGCUUGUUUGAAAGGGUAGGAGAUAACUUUAGUUGGAGCAUGUUGAUUUUGUAUUACUUUGUAUGGGAUAAGGGUUAAAUACUGUUCACUUUCUUUCAUUUGAAGAAACAAUUAAUUUUCAAUAUUAAUCUUACAUUCAGUGGAAGCCAGCAUUGAUAGAUAAGCAUAUUACUAAACUUUAAAUAUUAUCAUUAUUAAUUCUCAGUUCGGUUUGAUUUGUUUACGUUGUGCAAAGAGUACACCAUACCUAAAAAACGCAUACAUUUUGUUGCAUUUAAAAUCACUUCACCACAGUUCCGAUCUGGUGUAUACGAAUGUGUUGAAACGAUCUUCUAAUACUGCAAGUGUUGCCGUCUAGUGUGUUACUAUGCGACAAAAGGAACACAUUGAGCAUAACGAGAUAGGAUAAAACCCCGUGUAUAAACGAGCACGGCUACGAACGAAAGUAACUAACAAUUACGAUGAUAAUAAUGAUAAUAACCGUAGCAAAUGAAAUACGUUGUAAUAUUCCCAGCAAAAGCGUUCGAUAAUUUGUCACUGUAACAGAUAGGACAGCGAUCGUAAUAACUAAAAAAAAAAUCACCUCGCUCGACUCGACUCGAGACGAUGAAGCAAUAAUUAGAUCAUCGAAGCAAAUAUCAUGUUAAUGUAAAUGAAAUAAGCAAACAAGCGAUCGAUAGGGAAUUGCUUUGAUCAGUGUAUUAUUCACACCGUUGGUUGUAUUCGCGAUUGUGUUACCUUUUGUUGUUUGGUUUCUUUACGUACAAGUACAACACUGUAAACAAAAUCGAUCGAUCGCUAACCUACCACUGGUGUAAAAUAUGGAUAAGAAGUCAAAGCACGGCGACGUUUAUCAUUAAAUGAUGUUGAAGCAAAGUAAAACAAAGCAAAACAAAAAAAAAUAUUACAAAACAUAAAUACAA